AUGGCGAUCUUGAGCGCCCUCAUCAUCGAACCAGCGACGCUCGAAGAAGUCCCCGCCCUCACGGAGGUCUGGUUCGCCGCCUUCGCGCACGAUCCGGAGAUCACCCGCCUGUGGCCCGACACGCCCCGCGUGCGCGCGUGGUGGGACGACGCCAACCGCGGCGACAUGCUCGGCAAGCCCUUCCAGCGGUUCGUCAAGGUCGUCGACCCAGGCGCCGUCGACGCCCGCGGGAGGCCAAGGGUCGCGGCCUGGGCCAAAUGGGACACGUCCAUGCCGGCGCGGCGGGGGCGCCGGUACCCGCCCUGGUGUGAGGACAUGCCGGCGGAGGUGUGUGACGCGUUCUUCGACAAGGAGGAGAGGGAGAGGGCGCGAGUCAUGGGGGACGAAGAACAUUAUUAUUUGGACACACUGGUGACGCACCCUGAUUACCAGCGGCGAGGCGCCGGGUCGAUGCUACUGAAGUGGGGUUGUGAGCUCGCGGACGAGGACGGGGUCGGGGCGUACGUGGAUGCGAGCAAGGCCGGCAAGGGACUGUAUGAGAGGUUUGGGUUUGUGGACAAGAGCGAAGCCGAUGCGGGCGAGGUUGCGUCAAUGGUGAGGCGGAGGCGCUCUUGA